AUCUUCGAGAAAUAAUCAGACGGUCGGCGGAGAGUCAAUUACUUUUAGCUAUCUGAGAAUAGAAAAUGGCGGCGGCGGCGGCGGCGAAAGCAGCGGUGGUAUUGCCACGUCCGGUGACGUUUGUGACGGGAAAUGCGAAGAAGCUCGAAGAGGUCAAAGCUAUCAUCGGGAGUUCCAUUCCUUUCAAGUCUCUCAAACUCGACCUGCCUGAGCUUCAAGGAGAGCCUGAGGAUAUCUCCAAAGAGAAAGCUCGUUUGGCUGCUCUUCAGGUAAAUGGGCCAGUGCUAGUGGAGGAUACAUGCCUCUGUUUCAAUGCUUUGAAGGGUCUUCCUGGGCCUUACAUCAAGUGGUUUCUUGAGAAGCUUGGCCAUGAAGGUUUGAACAACUUACUGAUGGCCUAUGAAGAUAAAUCAGCUUAUGCAUUGUGUGCAUUCUCUUUCUCGCAUGGUCCAGGUGCUGAACCUCUUACAUUUUUGGGGAAAACUCCGGGUAAGAUAGUUCCAGCAAGAGGACCAACUGAUUUCGGGUGGGAUCCAGUGUUUCAACCUGAUGGAUAUGACCAAACUUAUGCAGAAAUGGCAAAGGAAGAAAAGAACAAGAUAUCCCAUCGGUACAAGUCUUUAGCAAUGGUGAAAUCUCACUUUAAGGAGGCUGGCUACGUGUUCCAGACAACAGAUGAUGAUACCAAUUAAAGUGAAAACCCAUUCCCCAUUUUCCUUCAGCUUUUAAAGAUUUGAGCACUGGUUCUCCUUUUUUUCUGAAUUGCAAUUAGAAACACUUUUGUUCACAAGUUUCUAACCAAAACAUAAAAUGGCAAAACAUAUUCAUUGGAUUUUGCUGUGUUCUCAAGAGACAGUAAUACUAAUCAUUGUCUUGAUUCAUGAAAUUUUGUUGUGUGAUUCAUUAUUUAGUGGAAA